UGUUUUGGGGUAAAUCUACGAGCCGGCUGGGCGUUAUUUAGCUGCAAUCUGACUAAAGUACAGACCUAUAUUAUUAUAUAUAUAGGGUCCACGUCUGUACUUUAGUCUGACUAAAGUACAGACCUAUAUUAUUAUAUAUAUAGGGUCCACGUCUGUACUUUAGUCAGAUUGAUUAGACGAGGAAGUUGAAGCUGUCUUGUCGAUUAGAACUUUGGGACAAACGCAAGGCACUGACUGUUUAUGACAAAACGAUGUACAAUUUUCCAAAACGACACGAUCAGGUAAGUAUAUCAAUGAUUAUGAAUGAAAAGAUCGAAAUACGAUUUCUACUUUCGGUUUGAUUUCUUACUAGUAUGAACUUAGUCUGGUAUUCUAAUAGUCACUAUUACUAAUACUAAGAUUCAUGGAGUUUAUGCGGCGUCUGACUUUAACAAAAGCUUCCUCAGACUUUUUUGCGUUUUCAAAAGUUUUCAGCUUUACAAUGUUGUCAAGUUUAUCUGUUUAUAACUCGGGUAAACUUAAUUAUUUUUGUGGAAACGAGGGGGUUAUUUAUAUUCGGUCUUUCCCAUCCCCCUCGUUUUUGUCCAAGCCUUCAUAAAUUAUGGGGGAAAUCAGUCGCGCUUCAGUUUGAAUUUAUUUCAGCUUACAUUUGAUGUACGUCAAUCGGAAACUUGCAUAAAUCAAUUCAUGAAUGAUUUUUCUGCAAGGAAAUACAAUUGAAUUUGAAACCACUCAAUACACAACUUCCUAGUUGCCCAACAGUUCUUUCCCUUUGUGGAACUCUUAUGCACAGUGGGACGCAAAACAUACUAUCGUCCACACGCGGCACAUAGAACUUUCCUUGCUCCUUGUAACUAUGAAUAAUUAAUGCAAAUUAGGUGGCCUAUGACGUCGCAACAUUGAAACGGGUCGUAUUAUUGAUACGACCCUAUCAGGUAUGCGCAUUUCUAUUUUCAGACGGGAUUUUCCCUUUGCACAUGCGCACUGAUCAGAAAUUGAGAGAAUAUAAAUAAGCGGUUCGUUGGGGAAAAAAAUUAUAGAAAUUGAUCAAGAAAUGAAUUUUUAAUGAUUUUUUUUUUAUUUUCGACUGGUUGUGAUUGAAAAGAUUGAUAUACUCCCAACUCGGUGAUUAAACUAAUAAUUGUUAUUAGGAUAUUUUGAUUUGAAUCUUCGAUUUUUGUAAGUAGCUUGAAUUUCCUCUGACGAUUAAGUUGCAGCAAGUCCGAUUCAGAGUUUUUUCCUCAUUUUCUGGGUAAAUCAUAUUUCCUUACAACAAAUUUUGAGAAAAAUACUACUUCCGGUUGAUUGUUUUCAUUAUUAAACGUAUUUUUUCGUUAGAUUUUUCUCGGCUUUUGAAAUGAUAUUUCAAAGAGAAUUUGAUUCAAAUAUGCAUUCUUAUCUCUAAAGUUUUCAAAUUUAGGGAAUACACUUGAUUUUAGUUCCCGUUUCUAUACAAACCUCCAUAAAAUAAAAGAAAAUCAUCAGUUAUCUUCGUCAAGAUUCAAUAAUGACUUGUUCUGGCAGAUGGGGCAGUGCCUGUCUGAACUGUUUUACUUAAUUGCCCCUACACCACAGUCAACAAUGUUUAUUGCCCACUUGCUUUCAUUUACAUGUAUAUCAAAAUUUAAAAAUCUGAUGUGCUAAGCUAAGGGUGUUUUAUCCAGCCCUCUCCAUACAAUAUUUUGUACAAAGACUACAAGCUCUUGACUGAAGAGGGGGAAAAUUAUAAUCCUGAAGAGAUUAUUUUGCCAAUUGCCUGUAUAUUGAGACAUCAGAUUCCGUAACAACGGAAAUCAAAAUUUGCUGUAAGGUCAAAAUGAUUCUUUCAUUCGUUUGGCACCUAGCGCCCCCACUGAGCAUACAUUCUUCUAUUUUUAAUUUCAUAUAUGAAUUUUCUUCUUGAGGUGGAUAAUGAAAAUUUUCAUUUCCAGCUCUACCUUGCGCCAUGUACGUAGCCUUACUAGACUCAGCUGGGUACCUGUAAAGUGCGAAACGAAAUCGAAACGAAAUCUAACGAAACGAAACCCACCGAAACGAAACGAAACCUACCGAAACGAAACGAAACAGAUUGUAUAACCGAACUCUUUUAAUUAUAAUAAUUAAAAAUGGUAUCUUAGGCCCCUGUGAAAGUUACCACAUAUAAAUAAAAUUCGCCUCCCCUUUGAUGUAGGCUUUCGGCUUGACUGUUACAAAGUUUUAAAAGUUGGAAAGGGGGGAGUGAGCACAAAGUACAUAUCCGUAGUUGAUUAGAUGCCAUGUACAAUUAGUUUCGGAUUCAUACAUUUCAGAACCGAGGGUUACAGUCUCAGAGAUCUGGGGAAACACACUAUACGAGGGGUGGGGUCGCCGACGUUGGAUCCGCCUUUGGGCAUAGAUACAUUGUUUGAAGAAGCUGGUGUCUGAGAAAAUUGAAAGCAGGAAGAGCUCUUAACCUCUUAUUUUAUCUCUAACUGCUGAGGUGCGAGUACUUUCAAUAAUGGAAAAACUCUAUACAUUUGGGCAAUCUCUACCCAGAGUUAUCGUUGUAGUGUAGCGUAAUACGCCCUCUGGUGAGAGAUUGACAUUUGGGGUGUUGCUAAGACGGGGAAUUGAAAACGGGACGGAAAAUGGAAUUUUUUUAAUGCAAUAAUAUUAGGAGGAGGUCGGCAUUUUGUAAACUGAAAAGUCUUAUGAACAAGGGAAUUUUUAGCAGAAAUCACAAAGAGAACGGGAGGACAAAUUCAGAAUCCACCGUUUGAUAUACUACAUACAAAUACACAAUAUCCACAUGUAUAGAUAUAUUUGUCUUUAGAACAAAAAUACUGAAACAUGUAUUUAUGCCCAAAAGCGGAUCCAACGCCGACGUCCCCAUCCCUCGUUUAGUGUGUUUCCCCAGACUCUGACCUGUGAGACUGUAACCUCCCGUUCUGAAAUUUAUGGAUCCGAAGCUAAUUGCACAUGGUAUUUAUGUGCUUUGUGCUUUCCAACUUUUAAAACUUUGUAUCAGUCAAGCCGAAAGCCUACAUUAAAGGGGAGGCGAAUUUUAUUUAUAUGUGUAAACUUUAACAGGGGUCUGAGAUACCAUUUUUAAUUAUUAUAAUUAAAAGAGUUCGAUUAUACAAUCUGUUUCGUUUCGUUUCAGUAGGUUUCGUUUCGGUGGGUUUCGUUUCGGUAGAUUUCGUUUCGUUUCGGUAGAUUUCGUUUCGUUUCGAUUUCGUUUCGCACUUUACAGGUACCCGACUCAGCUCAGGGAAGGUAGAAAUCGCCAAGACAUCAUUUACUGAAAAUUUACAUACACGUGCUUCCGCUUCUAAAAAUACACCGGAUGUUGAUAUUUUCUCAUCUAUUUACGUAUGGCGCAUGCCCCAAAACAUGCAUAUUAAGUACAUCCGGUAGGAGCAUGAUUAGUUCAAGGAAAGUUCUAUGUGCGCGGUGGGUACAAAUUCUUAUCCCUGCCUUCAUAUAAUGCCUAAAGGAUGAUUAUCAGACAUCAUGCAACCACGCAAACUGCUGGGACACACAAUUUUAAUUAGAACAUAAUGGCAAGUUCUGUUUAUGCUUCAACUCCAGAGACAACGAAUGCUAACAGAGCUUGUCGUGCUGUACUGGGUCCCUGUACAGAUGGACUCAGAGACAUACUGCGUCUCUACGUCCCACCGCACACAUUUCCUCACACCAUCAAACUAAAGAAACUCGAUCUUCCUCGACUGACAGCAGAUCAGCGUGACCUAAUAUUACCUCGGCAUGGCAGUUAUACUGGGAACUUUCGUGAUAUGGACAUCUCUUUACUGUAUAUCUUAUUGAGGAAUAUAUCUGGCAUAUCUCCUCUCUCCAAGGAUUGGGGCAAUUAUCCCGACCCCAGUGACACGAGUCUCUCUGCCAAUAUCGAGAGAAUUCGAUGGGUCCGGAAUCGUUGUGUUCACUCAUGCAAUCCAUCCAUGUCCAGCACAGACUUUAACACUAUCUGGUCCACCAUUAGAUCGACAAUGGCAGAUCUGGAUGCCUUUCUUGUGAAUGGAAACAAAUAUGAAAAGGAGGUAGAUUUCCUACGCUAUGAGUCGAUGGACCCUGAACAUGACCUACAUUAUGAAGAAGAACUGAGGAAGCAAGUGGAGGAAGAUAAGAAGACAAGGGAAAUGGUGGUCAACCUUGAGAGUAGGAUAGAAGAAACAGCAGAGGAAACCAGGAGAUUGGAUGGUAGGAUAGACGAAACGGCAGAGGAAGCCAGGAGAUUGGAUGGAAGGAUAGAAGAAACGGCAGAGGAAGCCAGGAGAUUGGAUGGUAGGGUAAAAGAAACGUCAGAGAAAACCAGGAAAUUGGAUGGGAGGUUAGAAGACACAUCAGAGAGAGUGGAGAAGUUGGAUGAUAAAAUGGAGAAACUAACAAAGUCCCCCAUUCCACCAAAUGUGAGAGAGCAAUGCGAUAGUGAUGUUCAGAAAUGGAGAGAGGAAGACAAGUUUUACUAUGAAACCCACAGUUUCCCUUUAGUGAUGCAGAAAGUGAGGAACCAACCUUGCGUGACAUUUGUUGGUGUGCCUGGGUCCGGGAAGUCUGCCACGGCUCACCACAUCGCCCUCAAGCUCCAGGGGGAAGGUUACGAGGUUGUACCAGUUGAUGAAAUCAGAGAGAUAAAGCAAUACUCUGACACAAAGAAUCCACAGGUUUUUGUUAUUGAUGAUGUGGUGGGUGUCUUUGGCCUCCAGAAAACUAAAUUAGAUGUGUUGACUGAUUAUGAACAGAAAAUAACAAGCCCUUGCAUGUAUAAGUCUAGAACUUUGAUGACAUGUAGAGAGGCUGUGUUCAAUGAGACAAAAUUUUACAAACCAUUCCUGACGAAAGAAGAGACAGUGAUUAAGUUGCACAGUUCUGAUAAUGCAUUAGAUGACAAUGACAAGAAACAGAUUCUCAAGAAGUAUGGUUUAAAUGUUGAUUUAAUGUCACCUGCAUUGCUGAAAUCAACAUCUCUUAUGUUUCCCCUUCUCUGUAAAUUGUUUUCAAAGGAAACAAAAUUCCAAGCUCUUGGUUCAAAUUUUUUCCUGAAUCCAGUCCAAUGUAUCAUUGAUGAACUUGAUGAUAUGCAGAGGCAUAACAAAAUGAAUUAUGCAACACUUGUUUUGUGUAUGCUAAAUGAAAACAGCAUUUCAAAAGACAUCUUAAAAGAUAGGAAAAAUGAACAUUUUGUGAGCAUGAAAAAUGACACAUUGGAAAAUUGUGAAUUAGAAAGCCAGACAGAUGCUUUCAAGUUUGUGAAAGCCUUGUCAGCAAUGGAGGGGACAUACACAAAACAGUGUGGUGCACAAUACACAUUUAUACAUGACUCCAUGUUUGAAAUCUGUGCUUAUCAAUAUGGCAAACAGUUCCCUGACCAAAUGUUGCUGUAUAUGAGUAGUAGUUAUAUUGCUAAUUAUGUCAAACCACAGAUAAGUGAACCAGGAAUUGUGAACAAAGUGAAAGAGAAACAGAGUGAUUCUCAAUCUAUUGAGGGGGAUGAGAGUAACAAUGAUAGUGAAGGAGAGGAGGAGGAGAGCGAUGAUAAAAACAGUGAGAGAGAGGAGUCGUUUGAUCUGUGUAUAAGGUUACGUGAGGAUCAGUACCCACUGUUAGCAGAAAGAUUGUACAGAGACAUACAGAACAUGGAGCUGUAUGAUGUUUUCAGGAAUCAGGUUUUAAAACAUCCCCAGGUGUGUCAGGCUUUUACUGGUGUGUUAGAGACAAAGUCAUACACAGAAUUAAAAUCUGUAUUUCUGUCCAGUCAGGGAAAGAUAGAUAAGAUAGUGAGUAAACGAGAGUGUAUAGCGGAGGAAAGUGAGGAGAAGAGCGAUUGGAGUGAGUGGGACAGACAGAGCGCACUGGUGGAUCAGAGGUGUAAAAGAAAUCAUAAGGGAGAAUUUUUAAUCAUGUUCAAUGUGAGAGUGAUCAGCUGGGUGAUCUACUAUGGACAUUAUCAUAUCCUACAGUUCAUAGUACAACAGACUGAACAACCCAAUGAAGUAAGUGAAUUGUUUUGGAUAACAGGAAAUUCUCCACAUCAGUCUAAAUCUGCGAUAUACAUGAAUACAUGUAAUAAACCUGAAAUUGAAAACAAUAGGCUUGCAGAAGAAUGUAGAUUACUUGUAUUGAGUUGUUAUAGUGGUGAUAUACAAAUAUUCAGAGUUUUGCUUCCUUUUUGUAAGAAAGCAAUCACUGGGAUAGGUCUGUACAGUGAAGAUAUUCAUUGGUCUCAUCUACCUCUAUCUGCUGCAUGUAAUGGAGGACAUAUAGCUAUAGUGAAGGAGCUGGUGAAGUUGGGGGCUGAUGUCAAUCUACAGGAUGGUCACUUGAAUACACCACUGAUAGCUGCAUGUGAAGGAGGACAUAUUAGUAUAGUGAAGGAGCUGGUGAAGUUGGGGACUGAUGUCAAUCCACAGAAUAGAGUGGAUACACCACUGAUAGCUGCAUGUCGGGGAGGACAUAUAACUAUAGUGAAGGAGCUGGUGAAGUUGGGGGCUGAUGUCAAUCCACAGAAUAGAUUGGGGGAUACACCACUGAUAGAUGCAUGUCAGGGAGGACAUAUAAGUAUAGUGAAGGAGCUGGUGAAGUUGGGGACUGAUGUCAAUCCACAGAAUAGAGUGGAUACACCACUGAUAGCUGCAUGUCGGGGAGGACAUAUAACUAUAGUGAAGGAGCUGGUGAAGUUGGGGGCUGAUGUCAAUCUACAGAAUGGAUGGGAGAAUACACCACUGAUGGCUGCAUGUAAGGGAGGAGAUAUAAGUAUAGUGAAGGAGCUGGUGAAGGCGGGGGCUGAUGUCAAUCUACAGAAUAUAUUGGGGGAUACACCACUGAUACGUGCAUGUGAAGAAGGACAUAUUAGUAUAGUGAAGGAGCUGGUGAAGUUGGGGGCUGAUGUCAAUCCACAGAAUAGAUUGGGGGAUACACCACUGAUAGAUGCAUGUCAGGGAGGACAUAUAAGUAUAGUGAAGGAGCUGGUGAAGUUGGGGACUGAUGUCAAUCCACAGAAUAGAGUGGAUACACCACUGAUAGCUGCAUGUCGGGGAGGACAUAUAACUAUAGUGAAGGAGCUGGUGAAGUUGGGGGCUGAUGUCAAUCUACAGAAUGGAUGGGAGAAUACACCACUGAUGGCUGCAUGUAAGGGAGGAGAUAUAAGUAUAGUGAAGGAGCUGGUGAAGGCGGGGGCUGAUGUCAAUCUACAGAAUAUAUUGGGGGAUACACCACUGAUAACUGCAUGUCAGGGAGGACAUAUUAGUAUAGUGACGGAGCUGGUGAAGUUGGGGGCUGAUGUCAAUCCACAGAAUAGAGUGGAUACACCACUGAUAACUGCAUGUCGGAGAGGACAUAUAACUAUAGUGAAGGAGCUGGUGAAGUUGGGGGCUGAUGUCAAUCCACAGAAUAGAUUGGGGGAUACACCACUGAUAGAUGCAUGUCAGGGAGGACAUAUAAGUAUAGUGAAGGAGCUGGUGAAGGCGGGGGCUGAUGUCAAUCCACAGAAUAGAGGGAAUACACCACUGAUAGCUGCAUGUCAGAGAGGACAUAUAAGUAUAGUGAAGGAGCUGGUGAAGCUGGGGGCUGAUGUCAAUGUACAGAAUAGAUUGGGGGAUACACCACUGAUAGCUGCAGUAAGACAGAUUUCUUUAUCGGUAGUGAAAUAUCUAGUAGAACAUGGAGCUGACUGGGUUACUCAGGUUGUUGAUAUCGAUGUGUCCGCAGUAUAUAAAGCAUUAAUACUGAACAAACCAGAUAUAGUGAAAUAUCUCAUACGGGAACAAAAUAAAAUCCUUCCAGGUCAAUUUAAUGGAAAUAUGCACCUAUUUAACUGUCUGGUGGACAUCAGACAUGCUGGAGUUAAAACAGACAGUAGGGAUGAUGUGAUGGUGACAAACAGAUCAGUGUGGUGUAUGGAUGAAGAGGGAGAUUUGUGGAAGACAAUUAAAUGGGGAGACUGUGAUGUACUGAGACAUCUGUUGUGUGUGGGUCUGGAUGUCAAUCAGUCGAUGCAGUUGUAUAAUAUCAACAGUAAAUCUGAUGUGAGACCUCUGUUGUAUACACUGAUUGGUUAUGAGUGGUAUGCUGUUAAGUAUAGAACAGAGAAGGUGGGGAUCCUGCUUGGGGCGGGGGCUGACGUCAAUGUCAGGGUGAGGUAUAAAGAGUGUGACUCAGUGUUAGACAGGGAGGGCAUGUCUUUUCUAGAGAGGACGAGGAGACAGAUGUUUGAGCACAGUCACAUUGAGUACUUAAAGCAAGAUUACAAGAGUGUGAUGUGUGAGAAAAAGGAACAUGUCAGAAGACACUCUGUAUAGUCCCUGAUAGAAUUGUAGAGAGAUGUUGUUAUUGAGUACAAGAGUGUGAUGUGUGAGAUAAAGGAACAUGUCAGAAGACACUCUGUAUAGUCCCUGAUAGAAUUGUAGAGAGAUGUUGUUACUGAGUACAAAAGAUAAAGAAACAUGUCAGAAGACACUCUGUAUAGUCCCUGAUAGAAUUGUAGAGAGAUGUUGUUACUGGGUACAAGAGUGUGAUGUGUGAGAUAAAUAAACAUGUCAGAAGACACUCUGUAUAGUCCCUGAUAGAAUUGUAGAGAGAUGUUGUUACUGAGUACAGGAGUGUGAUGUGUGAGAUAAAGGAACAUGUCAGAAGACACUCUGUAUAGUCCCUGAUAGAAUUGUAGAGAGAUGUUGUUACUGAGUACAAGAGUGAGAUGUGUGAGAUAAAUUAACAUGUCAGAAGACACUCUGUAUAGUCCCUGAUAGAAUUGUAGAGAGAUGUUGUUACUGAGUACAAGAGAUAAAGAAACAUGUCAGAAGACACUCUGUAUAGUCCUUGAUAGAAUUGUAGAGAGAUGUUGUUACUGGGUACAAGAGUGUGAUGUGUGAGAUAAAUAAACAUGUCAGAAGACACUCUGUAUAGUCCCUGAUAGAAUUGUAGAGAGAUGUUGUUAAGUUACUGGUAUCUUUGUACAAGAUACUAUUUAAUGAAAAGAAUGUCUUUACAAAUCUCUCGUUAAUUAAGUUUCCACUUACCUGUGUACAAUAACAGUGUUUCACAUAUUAUUUAAUGAUUUGAAAAACAUUAAAGGUUCAUAGAAUUCACUGGGUUUUUUUCCCUAUCUUAUAAUUGACUAAAAGCAUUGAUUAUAAUUAGGUGUAUUUGUGUAUAUUGCUUAAUGUCUCUAUUUAUUUACUGUACAUGUUCAUUAUCCAGGCCUGGAGGUUAUAAAACUUUUAUCGCACUCAUACUCAAACUCAGCCAUGUUUGUUUUGAGUACAACUCUGACCAAACUCCGAAGCAUACUUGAAAAAUUUUGAGCAUGUACGUGAUAUGAGUAUGAGAAUAUUUUUAUAAAAGUUUUAUAACCUUCACGAUUUAGAGCAUGGAGUUUGAAAAUGUGCUCAAAAAGUUCACGACCUUCAGGCCAGGUCUUGGAGAUAGGGCCCUAAAUUCAAACAUGGAGUUGAAAAUCGGUCAAAUUUGAGGAGUUAUAUUUCGAUGCAGGAACCCCAUCUGUUGGCCCCAGACACAGGGAACCCUCUAUGGGUCGCUAGAUGCACAGUUAGGUCAAAGCAGAGGACUACUUAGACGAUUAUAACAUGUACCCUCAGUUAGGCCCUAGGUCAUGCCCUUGCCCUUUGAUGUUGGCCAAUCAUAUUUUUGCCUGAUACUAGUGACAAUUUAGCCAGACCUUCCAGCACCGCUAUAUUUAUUUUAAAAUCCCCUGUAUAUUUGACAACCUCCUAUGAUUUCUUUUUUUUAAUUCUUGGCUUAAAAUGGCAUUUCUCCUAUAUUAGCCCUAUAAAUUCCUAUAAAUUUGUUGAAAUUCUUUUGCUGGUUGUGCUCACUUUGAAGAAUGUAGUUUCUGUUUUCCCAUCUUAUAAUCACCCUCCAAAAAUGUUUACUCAGGUGACCUUUUGCUAUUGGUCUGUACAUCGUGCGUCUUUCGGUAACAAUUAAACUUCUUGAUAACUACCAAAUGUUCCAAUUCUUCUCAAAUUUGGUAUGAAGCAUCUUUCGGAGAAGACUGACAAAUUUAAUUGUAAUUUUAGAACUCCUUUAACUUUGGUGCAACAGUUAUUUUCUCUAGAACCACACAUGUAUAAGAAAAAAUAAAUGCAUGGUGAUAUAGAGCAGAAGGGCCUCUACCAAAAUUGUAAAUUUUAUGAUCCCCGUGGUAAAAGUUCUGACUCCAGGGCAAGGCCAAUCUUGGUAUAUACCCAGUAUUUAUGUGUAAAAAAAAAAGACAUCUUCGUUAAUGCUGUUCAUACUAAAUUGAAGCUAAAUGGAUGUUUAGAAUGAGCAGGUAGCUGUUUAUUAAAAUUGUAAAUUUGAUGAUUACAGGGGUAGGGGUUUUCCUAUUAGGGUGAGGCCGAAAUGGUCAGUGAUUAGAUUUGUUAACAAUUGAACAUGCAUGUAUAUUAAACUUUUUGAUAACUACCAUUUCUAUUCUCUUCAAAUUUGGUAUGAAGUUGGGACAAGGUUGGCAUACAUUGGAAAUUUCAGGACUCUUGCACUUCUGGUGCCUUAGAGGCAGGGCGGAAACUGUCAAAAAGUGACAAAUUUUCAAAAAUCUUCUUUAGAACCACACAUGUUUAAGAAAAACUAAAUACACAGUGAUGUAGAGCAGGAAGACCUUUGUAUAUAUAUAUAUAUAUAUGUAUGUAUAGUGUAUAUGUGUAAAACAUUUAAAUGAUAUCUUUAAUGCUAUUAAUAUUAAAUUGAAAGUAAAUAAAUAUUUAGAAGUAAGUAGUUCUAUACCAAAAUUGUAAAUUUCAUGAUCUUUUAGGGUAAGGGUUUGGUUUUUAAGGAGGUACUCUACAUUGUCAUAAUGGCUGACUUCCUUUUAAAACAUGGAUGAAAAUAUAAAUAUCAGCAAUAUUUGUCUAUUCAUUUAAAAAAAAAUCUCACCUGAGUAGCUCGACUGCUGAACUGUAGAUCGCAUUUUCGAGUCCAGCAGGGGUUUUAAAUUUUUCUCAGAUUGCUUUCAAAUAAAACUGCACUUUUUGACUAAAUAAAGUGAAAGUUUUCAAUUUCAAUAUUGUUGUACAUAUCCUCCACUUUUCAUCCAUAUAAAAUGUCUAUGGUGUAGCAUACCUCCUUAAUGAGCAUUGCACACAGUACCUCUUGUUUUACCUAAAUGACACAGUAGUACAGGAAACAUUCAUAACAGAUAUUCUUGGGCAUUUAAAAGAACCGUAUACCAUUGCUUUCUAGACCCAAGCAGAAUUUUGGAACUGUGCGGUGAUUGGUAACGUUUGGGUCCACAAAACUAGAUUUCUGGGAUCAGUAAUCAAAGGAAGACAACUUCCAUAACUUGGCACAUUAUACAUGUUUACAUGUGACGAGACAGAACAACUCACGUGGACGAGAAAUCUGUCACAUUCUAGUCAUAUGUUGAUUGCACUAUGUAUUGGUAUAUGUUGUUAGAAGUUAGAAAUGGAAUCUCAAAAUAUGACUGUGUACUGGGGGAUUAGUACAUCUGAUUGUGUACUGAGGGAUUAGUGCAUAUGACUGUGUACUGGGGGACUAGUACAUUUGACUGUGUACUGAGGGAUUAGUACAUAUGACUGUGUACUGGGGGAUUAGUACAUAUGACUGUGUACUGGGGGAUUAGUACAUAUGACUGUGUACUGGGGGAUUAGUACAAGUGACUGUGUACAGGGGAUUAGUACAGGUGAUUGUGUACUGAUGGAUUAGUACGUAGAAAGUUGUUCAGUCUCUCAAAUGUAAUGUUAUGUCUAAGUGGUAUCUCGAUUCAGAGAUGAUUGAAACUUAUCUAAACUGUGCAUUGAUUAUCGGAAGGUUCGCGGAAAUUACAGGACAGAGUGAUAUUUUUAAUCAGUACACGUAGAUAUCCAUAUACUGAUAUAACCUGCAAUGUUUGCAACUGAAAAAAAAACAACAAGUACAUCAACCUUAAUCAUUUAUAAUGUUAUCAUGGAAACGUUAAAUCGAUAUAUCAUUUAAUUUCGAUACACCGACUCAGUAUGAAAUUCUAACAUCUGUUCAUGGACAAAAAAUUAUUUUAUGGAAUGACCUGAAGAUCUGUCAUUAAGAAUGACAAUCAAAUAGUCAUGGAAUGAAUUUAAAAAAUAAUGAGAGAGAGAGAGAGAGAUGAUAAUACGUGUAAAGUGAGAACAAUUUCUAACAAGAACAGAAAUGCACUUAGGUCAAAAAUUUUGUCUUGAAAGUUACGUCACCUAUGAACUUGGUCCACAGAAAGUAGAGAACUUAAAGUUAACGCACUUAAUUACCCCCCCCCCCCCCUCAUCUGUAUUACAUCAAAAAUACCUUAGUAUCGGAAGUUUCGUUAGCAGCUAGGGAUGGAGAGUCCUAUCUUGAUUAUAAUCAUGUAUACAUAACUUACAGGCAAAUGUCCACUACCAAAUAACCGUGUCAGGCACUGAUCGACGUUUUAAAUAUCACUUCUUUCUUUACUUGUAUAUGUAUAUGUACAUUAUUUGUAUGUAUUUUCAUGCUGCCCCUUGGGGGCCCUUGAUUGGAAAUAAAUAUAGUUAUAGUUAUCUAUAAUCCAAAAAAAAAUUGUCUUCCUGAAAACAAAUUUUUAUAGUUAUGUAUUGAAUAUUUUGUGUAUAAGAAGACAUUUUUAUCAUAGAUAUUCAAAACGUCGAGUGCCUGUGCAUUUAGGUAUUGCUUUGCCGAGCACCCCCCCCCCCCCCCCUUUCCCCUCGGAUAGGGCGCAAAGCGCAAAGUUGGCUGACUGUGUAUGGAUAAUUUUGAAUAUAAAAACGCAAAUUGUUUUUCUCCAAUCCCUGACAUGGCUCGGUCUCAGCACCUACAUGUAUAUAACUAUUAAAAACCAACAAUAUGUUACAAAGUUUCAACACCUAUAGAAAAAAACCUUAAAAUUAUCUAUAGCAUAUUGUACAUUGAUCUACCACACGUACUAAUAGCAGUACACACACAGAGAUACGUUGUUAUCAGAUGAUUAUAACUUCUUUCUACAAUUUCGUCCGUCGGUGGAGAAAAAAGUUGUCGGUCCCGUAUCUCGGUUACAUUAUUGAGUAUUAAAUGGAGUAAUUUAUCCAGUAGGGAUAUUGGUAGGGCCGGGGUCUGACCCCCGCUAGCUAGGUUACCCCGAUUCUUUUCUCAUAUUGAAGCAGUUGGGUUAUUUUAUCAUGUUGUUAAUUUAAAUCUUGUCUGCAAUCAGUAUUUCAUAUAUAAUUAUAGAUGUGUACAGUGCAGAAGUGUGAACUCUGAUAGUAGUAUAGUACUUAAUUCUGAAUUAUUGUUAUUUUCAUUGUCAUGAUUAUAAUUGCUCGUUAACCUGUAAAUGCCCCUUGAGGGUCCUUGAUUGGUAAAUAAACAAUAAACAUAUUGUAUGGCUUAAAUUCAUAAAGUUGUGUAAAAAUAUCCCUAGUAAAAGAUUUCUGUAUUUUAUCAUAUAUGUGAUUUAUAAAUGGAAUUCCAGGGGCGGAUCCAGAAAAAAUAUCAAUGAAAGCACAGUAAGGCGUAUCGGUUGAUCCUCCCCUUGUUAAUUAAUAUGUUAGAGUUUCUUUUAUUGGCAAGAAAUAAAGUAUCUAUAUUCCGACUACGGACUUCAAAUUAAAGCUUUUUCUUCUUCAAAUUUGCCGGUUCUUGAAAUAAAUCAGUAGUAGUAACUGUGGCCCUUAACUUAUAUGUCGACAACCAAUGAAAACACAAGGAAUCUAAUUCAGCCAAUCAAAUAGCUCGAAUGCGGCGUUAUGCUCGCCUUGGGGGCGGCCAUCUUUGCAGAGAGCGAACAAAGGGAAAACAGAGUGGAAGUCCAGUUUCCAUCGGACACUUUUUAACAUCUUUUUACCAUCAGAGGCCAUGUCCGACUCCGAGAACCAACGGAGAAAGAGGCCGAGGUUGAGAAGAAGAUCAUAG